AUGGCAGGUGAAAUCAUCUCGUCACUUCUACUUCUGUCAUUCAUAAGUGGAGUGACAGCUCAAUACUCCGGACCCCUCUAUUAUGUUGGUGGAACGAGGAGCUCACGAUCAGAUGAUGGAAGUUCCCCAGCCAUUUCGCUUCCACAGCCUUUUCCUUUCUUUGGGAUGUCUUAUUCUGUGAUUUAUGUGAACCACAAUGGACACCUGACCUUUAAUGCACCAUGGUAUAGAUAUAGUCCUCAACAAUUUCCAAUGCAUGGAUCCAGAGACAUCAUCGCCCCAUUCUGGACAGAUUUGGACAACAGAGGCAAUGGUGAUGUCUUCUAUGCCCAGUUCACCAGCGGCAAUUUAGUCCAACAGGCUACACAAGACAUUAAUAACUACUUUCCAGGACGGAACUUUAAUGCAAACUGGGUCUUUAUAGCAACAUGGUAUGAAGUGGCCUAUUUUCCAACAACUGGAACACGGACAACAGCUCAGGCAGUUUUAACAUCCGAUGGCCGAUCUUCAUUUGUUCUUAUGAACUAUGGAGCCAUAGCACAGACAAGCAGGAGUGUGCAGGCAGGAUAUGACACAGUUAAUUCUUCUCACCACUACUCCAUCCCUGGGUCAUUAUCCAGUACUGCAACAGGCAGCAGCUCAGUUUUCAGGCUCAACAGUAAUGUCAAUGUACCUGGUCGCUGGGCUUUCCAGGUAGACAAUGGAACGACAGACUGUACUUUUAACGGUGAACCUGUGCAGCAGGGGGAUUCCUUCUGGAGCGACAGCACCUGUGCACAGAGGUGCACCUGCACCAGGGGGGGGCUGCAGUGCUCCAACCAGCCCUGCUCCUUCUCCCAAAUCUGUCGGCCAUCUUCCUUCCAGUUCUCCUGCCAGACAGUGCAGAGAAAGACCUGCACCAUCAGUGGGGAUCCACAUUACUACACCUUUGACAACUCAGUGUUUCACUUUCAGGGCACCUGCACGUAUGUUCUGUCAGAACAGUGUCAGUCUGGGUUGCCCUAUUAUAGAGUGGAGGGCAAGAACGAGCACAGAGGUAGCACACGAGUUUCAUGGACACGACUGGUCAAAGUGCAUGUCUAUGAUGAUGUAAUUGAACUUGUCAAAGGACGCCGUGGUGAGGCCAAGGUCAACGGAAACUUUGCCACAACUCCAUUCUCCCUGAGUAAUGGCACAGUUCAGGUCUAUGAAUCAGGUUUUUAUGUGAUUGUCAGCACCAACUUUGGCUUGUUGGUGUCUUACGACACAAAUCACCACGUCCGGAUCAGUGUGCCCUACACCUACCAGAAUGCAACAUGUGGCCUCUGUGGAAACUUCAACAAUCACCCUAAUGAUGACUUUCAAACCCGUGACGGCGAGGUUGUGAGCUCUGAUGUGGUUUUUGCAAACAGCUGGAAAGCCUCAGGGGAUGAUGAGCCCGGGUGUGAGGCCCAGUGUGGAGGUCUGGCCUGUGCUGCCUGCACCGGGGCUCAGAGGGCGUUGUAUGGCAACGCUGCUCACUGUGGCAUCCUCCAGAGCAGCUCUGGACCGUUUGCUUCCUGCCACCAACGGUUUCCACCUCAGACUUUUGCAGAAAGUUGCAUAUAUGAUUUAUGUGUGGGCGGCGGGUACCAACCUAUUCUUUGUCAGGCUCUAAAUGUGUACGCAAGUCAGUGUCAACAAAACGGAAUCCAGCUUCCAAGCUGGCGGAGUCCCGGCUUCUGUGAAAUCCCAUGCCCAGCUAAUAGCCACUUUGAGUCCCAAGGAACAGGAUGUCCAGCCACCUGCGUCAACCCCAACUCCACACACAACUGUCCUCUCCCUGACCAGGAGAGCUGUGUCUGCAAUGCGGGAUACAUCCUCAGUGGUGGGGUUUGUGUCCCUCAUGCUCAGUGUGGCUGCAGCUUUGAGGGUCGCUACUAUCGCUCCGGACAAACUGUAAUACUAGAUGAGGACUGUGGGAGGCGUUGUAGCUGCAGUUAUGGCCACAUGACUUGCAGCUUCCACCGUUGUGGCCCACAUGAAUCGUGCCAUGUAGAAGAUGGAGAAAGAGGAUGCAGACCAAAUAACUAUGCCACAUGCUGGAGCAGGGGCCCCGGGUCAUAUCGCACAUUUGACGGGCUGACUUACCAGUAUCCUGGGGCAUGUCGACUGACUCUCGCCAAAGUAAUGGGAUUGUCAGAUCACCCACACUUUAUGGUGACAGCAGAAAAAUUGCCAAGAGGUCAGCAAGGAUUUUCCAACGUGCUGAAGUUUGAGGCAGAGGGAACACAAGUCACCAUUGAGAUGGCAAGGAGCAACCAAGUGAAGGUUGAUGGUCAACUGGUCAGACUACCCUUCAGCUUGGGGUCCAACCGAAUCCGCAUCCAUCAAAGCAGCACUUACAGUAUCAUCCUGCGCACUGCAUUUGGGGUAACUGUGCAAACAGUCUGGCCUCACUAUGUGCGUGUCACUGCACCUGGAGUGUACAGUGGUUCACUGGGUGGACUCUGCGGAAACUACAACGGUCCUUCCUAUGAUGACUUUCAAACACCCAACGGCACCCUGGUCAACAGUUCUCAGGCGUUUGGAGACAGUUGGCGAGAUGGCUCCCUCACUGCACACUGUGUGGAGGGCAGAAAUGGUCCCACUGCGACCAAUUACAACUCCAGUGAGUACUGUGGCAUUCUGAGCUCACCUCAAGGGCCGUUCACACCCUGUUGGGCCGUGAUGGACCCAUGGCAGCAGGUUGAUGCAUGUGUGGACAUCACAAGCAGUUCUAGAGAUCCACCAUCAACGCUGUGUGAAGUCCUACGAGAUUAUGCGCUCAUGUGUCAACAGAAGGGUGUUUCUCUGGGACAAUGGAGGAAUGCAACUAGCUGUGAGCUAACCUGCCCUUCAAACAGCCACUAUGAACUCUGUGGAACCUCGUGUCCGUCUGCCUGCCCCAGCCUGUCUUUCCCUUUCACCUGUGACACUCCAUGUCAGGAUGGGUGCCAGUGUGAUGACGGCUUUGUCCUCAAUGGUAACCAGUGCGUGCAGCCAACAUCCUGUGGAUGCUAUCAUCAAGGACGCUAUCGGCAAAGUGGCGAGCAGUUCUGGGAUGGCGAGGAGUGUCAAAGCUUCUGCACCUGUAACGGCGUAACUGGUUCGGUCCAGUGCCUCCCUAGCUCUUGUGGUACCCAGGAGUCCUGUCGUGUGGUGGACGGAGAGUUUGGCUGCCACCCCAACCCGCACGGCACCUGCUCCGCCUCUGGUGACCCUCACUACCUCACCUUUGACGGCAGGGCCUAUGACUUUCAGGGAACCUGUCGAUAUGUUCUGGCCACACUUUGCAAUGAAACCAGUGAACUCCAUCAGUUUUCUGUUGAAGCCAAGAAUGAGCCAUGGAAUAGGCUUCCAGUGUCUAUUACAGCUGAAGUCUUUGUGAAUGUGUUGGGCUACCAAGUGCGCAUGUCAGGACACAACAGGGGCAUGGCUGAGGUAAAUGGAAUAACAAGAAAUCUACCAAUUCUCUUGAAUGGUAACAUAUCUGUUUUUGCAAGUGGAUCUCAAACAUUUGUCAGUGCAGACUUUGGCUUGAGAAUCACAUAUGAUGGAUGGAGCACAGUGUCUAUCUCUGUACCUCCAAGUUACAGAGGAAAAACAUGUGGACUUUGUGGAAAUUUCAACGGAAAUCCAAAUGAUGACUUCCAGACUCCAGGCAGAGUGUCGGUCUCUUCCCCAGAUGUUUUUGGGGCAGCCUGGAAGGUGUCGGGGAACUACACCUGCAGCGACGGCUGCGGCUCCGCCUGCCCACAGUGCAAUGAUGAUCGGCCUGCUCGAGCUCAGUGUGAGGUCAUCCAGGCCCUCAAUGGCCCCUUCAGCUUCUGCCAUGAGCAGGUGGAUCCAGCACCCUACUUCAGUGACUGCGUUUUUGACAUUUGCGUGGCUGGAAGUGGGGGCGAGGAUCUCCUCUGCAGGGCCGUUGAGGCAUAUGUCAGUGCCUGCCAGUCCGCCAAUGUCAGAAUCUACCCGUGGAGACAGAACACCACCUGCAGUGCGUAA